UAUAAAUUUCAAAGCUAUUUAAACCGCGUGUUUUUAUUUUUAAUAUUUAUUAAUUAAUUAAUAUAAUUAUCACAUAUAAAAUUAACAAAGAUAAAUUCCAUAUUUAAAAAAUGGUACGAGUUAUAACUCAAGAGACUUACGAUGAUGUGGUUAAGGAGAAUAUCGAAGAAUUCGAUAUGUCCCCCGAAGAAGCUGUAAAGGAGGCGAUAGCACAAUUUCAAGCUCAGGGUGUUGACUUAUCAAACAUAAUAAAAGAUAUGGUUCUUGGGUCUGGUGAAGAACAUGUAGUGACUGCAACUGUAAACAAAUUACGAGAUCUCUGCAGCAAUCCAGAAUAUGAUGAUCAAAUGGUUCUCCAAGAACUGGCUGCACUUAAGACAGAAUGCAACAAAGACAUCGCGCACAGAGUAAAAGCUGGCAAAGAGGGUGCAUACACAAUAUUAUUAGAUUUCCUAGAAGCAAGACUGAAGGUCUAUCUACAGAAUGAGAAUGAGACCAGUGGUAGAUUUAUUAUAAGCGUUCUAAAUACACUCACUUCCUUGAUGGAUACACAACCAGACUUGCUCGAUGCUAGGGGAAUUGAUUUAAUUAAAAGUUUGUUAGAUAACGUAAAAAACGGCGACAUAUUAAUAGCGACGCUCAAGUGGACGUCCAACUGUUGUACAAAACACGAGAUGAACAGACAAAGAUUGUUUGCAAAGAAGAUAGCGGACAAUCUACAGUUGCUUCUUAAACAAAAGAACAAUAUUAAGCUAGCCGUAGCGGUUAUGCAAGUCGCUCGAAAAUUCAACUUGGACGAUGACGUUAGAGUUGAAUUCGGCAAAGCACAUGAGCAUGCGAAAGAACUCGCCAUUAAACUGGUGUUGCCCAUCACAGAUUAUUUAAAAGAUAAUUUGGAUGAAGAUAAAGUGGCCGAAUGUCUUAAAACCAUCGCGUCCUUACUUGUUCGAAACGAAUUUUGCUCUAUGGUGGCUGACGCUGGCAUAUGUGCUUUAUUGUUGACCAUUCUACUCAAACACAACCGUGAAGACAUAAUGCAGCAAGCUUGUAAGCUAAUAACAGCGUUGGCUGGUAACGACAAUGUUAAAAGAAAACUGAUGCAAGUGGAUAUAGCGCCAAUUGUGGUUUCUAUACUGUAUCGGCAUGGGAACAAUGCUAAGACGGCUGCACUGGCACUGAAAUGCAUUUCGUCUCUCACGCUACGCGAGGCGCCGCACGCAAUUACGUUUUUCUCGUGCGGCGCCGCCGACGCCGUGGUGUCCGCUAUGAAGAAUCAUCCAGAUGACGCCACUGUGCAGAAAAACGCUUGCUGGGCCAUCCGCAACAUGGUGGCCAGGUACCGCGACGAGAACUGCAAAUUCCACGAGCUCGGUGUCGAAGAGCUUCUCAACGAUGCGUACAAAAAGUUCAGCGGCGACUUUGGUUUCGAUAUAAAAUCCGCUUUAAGAGAUUUGGAAUGCGAUGUGAAACUAGAGGAACAGUGGAAAGGGAAGGGCGUUCAGAUGGAAAAAUAAACAAGACUAGCAGCCCACUCCGACUUCGUACGAGUUUUUUAAAUACAGCUAAUGUUAUUCGCUUACAAUGCAACUUUCUAUACAUGAAAGGAUUUUUAAUAUCGGCUUAAUUAUUAUUUUCUUAUUUUUUCAUUCCAAACAAUAAUUAGAUUUGUCCACUUUGUAAUAUCGUUUUAGACAAAUUUCAUUAUUCAGCAAGCAUAACAGCGAAAAAACUAAUGCUUCGCAAAAAAAUAUAACAAUCUCAAUCGUGACAAAACAGACCGAUGAGUAACGAUUUAUUUCGUAGACACAUUAGACACGAUACACAGAACAUGUGUCUACAAGUAGACACGUGUAUCUGUGUAUUCAACUUAAGUAGUCACAAUAAUAUGGGACCAACAUGGGAUGGCUUUUAUUCGAUUCUAAAAAGGAAUUAUUAAAAUCUGCAGGGAUUACUACUAUAAGUAUAUAUAUAUAUAUAUAUAUAUAUAUAUAUAUAUAUAUAUAUAUAUAUAUUACACCACCUCCAUUUAUAGAAUAGAAAAAAUAUGAAAAUGGAAUAUGUCAUCUUGAUCCAUUAACUUAUCUGUCACGCCUGUCUCCUAUUAGGGUAGGCAGAGACAAUAGAACGCCAUAUGCUUCAAUUCAAACAAGGUUAAUGUUAUAUUCUUAUAUAUUUAAUAGGAGGCCCUUAAAGGAGUCUCGGCUUUGUGAUACACGUAUCAAUUUUAAUAAUAUUGACCAAUUUUAUUUUAUAAAAAUAUUUAUUGAUUUCAAUAUAAAAUCUUUAUUUGGA